CUUUAAAACCGACGCUCGCAGUAACCACUAGCCAGUUAAUUACUUCCACAGCUUUGAAGUAGUCCAACUUUUCGUAUUAUCUUGUUUUACGAUAUAAACUUUGAAUAUUGUUUCACAUAAUUAGAGAAAUACAAGGUUUUGGAAGAUGAGCAAGAAGAAGAACAUGGCCAUAGAUUUCCAGGACAAUAUGAUACUCCUUACACGUAAAUAUUUAAAAAAGAAAAUAAUGUGUCCUGAAGCCAAGUUCCGUCAUCAUGUCAAGGAAAGACUGCAUGUUUAUGAUUUGCUCAAACGAACAGUUGAAAUGGGUGAGAGUAACUCCGCACUGUUAAUUGGUCCUCGUGGCAGUGGCAAGACUACACUUGUCAAUAGUGUUCUUAAGGAACUGGAAACACUAAAGUCCUUUAAAGAGAAUGCUCUCAUAGUAAAUUUACAUGGUCUAGUGCAUACCGAUGAUAGGCUUGCUUUGAAAGAUGCUACUCGUCAGAUGCAAUUAGAGAAUGCUGUGGGGGAUAAGGUUUUUGGAAGUUUCUCAGAAAAUCUGAGUUUUCUGUUAGAAUGCCUGAAAUCUGGUGAUAAAAAGCGAUCCAAACCAGUUAUUUUUAUACUCGAUGAGUUUGAUUUGUUCUGUGCUCAUCACAAUCAAACAUUAUUAUAUAAUUUGUUUGAUGUGACUCAAUCUGCCCAGGCACCGAUUUGUGUGUUGGGAAUAACAUGCAGACUAGAUGUCAUCGAACUCCUGGAGAAAAGAGUGAAAUCAAGAUUUUCUCAUCGUCAAAUAUUUCUAUUUCCUGGUGACACGUCAGGAGCUGAACAGCCUAUCUCAGCCUUUGAUGAUAGGCUUCAACUCUUUGAACACUUGCUCAGUUUACCAGAUGAUGAGAAUGUCAACAAAAUUGAACAACAAUAUGAUGACUGCACGAUAGAUCCCCAGUUUGGAGCCAUGUGGAAUGAUUACAUAAAGAAUUUAAUUGAAAAUGUUACAAUGGUUAAUCUUUUAAAACGAAUGUAUCAAAUAGAUGUCAGCGAAAGAAGUUUUAGGAACUUCCUAGCCAUUGCUGUAUCAUCCCUAUCAGAAAAGCAUCAGAGGCUAGAAGUAAAUGAUUUUGUCGAAGCUAGCAAGAUAUUUUCUCAAGAUGAUAAAGUCCUUAUGCUCGAAGGACUGUCUGUUCUGGAGCUGUGUCUGAUUAUCGCCAUGAAGCACGAGACCGAAAUCUAUGACGGAGAACCAUUAAAUUUUGAAAUGGUUUUAAACCGCUAUAUGAAAUUUGUCAACCAGAAUUCCUCCAUACAGUCCGUCCAGAGACCAGUAAUCAUGAAAGCAUUCGAGCACAUCAAGAACCUGGAAUUCCUGGCACCUAUAGCAGGAACAAACACCAGGGUAGAGAAAGAAUAUGAGUUCUUCAAGUUUCUGUUGACUCCGCACCAAGUAAUGGAGGCUGUAAAAAAUUAUUCAGGACUUCCAACAGAAGUGGCUCAGUGGGCAAAGAGCAGUUUACAGUGAAGAAAUGUCAGGACAAUAAUCUAGUGCAUUCGUUCCUGGAACCUUCCAGGGGACGUAUACUUUUUGUUCUCCCCUUCAUAUCAAGUGAAAUGCCAGUGAUAUCCGGUGAGCCAUUCAUUCUCCAGUUAUUAGUUCUCAAUUCAAACAAGAAAAGUACUAGUGAAAGUGUCUCAUUUGAGUGCGUCCAUCUCUGUGUGCCAGUACCUCGUCCAAUCGAGUUAGUGAUAAUCCCAUCGUCUUAAGCUGUAUGUGUUCAUCUACUUAGAUAACUCACAAUAAUGUGAAACGUCCUUUAUCUACAGUAAAGUUCACAUACGAGUUCCUGGAUGUAGUCGACGCUCGAUAUUUAGGCGUCUUGUGGAAAUUUGGAGUCUUUGUAUCCAUAUAAACGUCCAGUAGAAAAAAGAAGUACGUCCAUAUAAUGAAAAAAAAAAACAAUUUAAAAAAAUUGCGAUUAGAAUAACAGCGAUUAGAAUUGGCAUUUGUUCUUAUGUAGUCAGUGAAAUUAGAACGGAGUUAUCAGCUAGCGAGAAAAAGUAUUAAUUUGCUAUCUAAACUCCCUUUACUCAUUAAUCACCAAUUAAUUUAUACAUUUCCAGUGAGUUACUAGUGAGAUAAAAGUUAAUGAUAAUUAUUACGAUUUUAAUCUAUCCAGGCAAAACGCGGUUCUGCAUCCUUUUUUGUGUUAAUAUCAGGACCGGAUAUCGUGUGAAUUUUUACACUUCCGGAUGACUUCCUUUUGCGCGUUUGGCGCUUCAGGAACUUCAACAAUCUGUCAUGUUUCCUAAUGCGAUUAUAUCUCGUUAGAUAGGACUCGUGACCUAUAAUAGAAUAGAUUAUAAAUUUUCCAUACAGAUACACCUGGUUAGCGAUUAUCUUCACCUGGAUUUAUUCCUAUUUGUACGAUCUCGUCGAAGUUUUCUUGACGUGAGAAUGGUCGUAGAACUGACAUUGCUCUGCUAACACCAAUCUGAAAUAUGAUUUAGUGUCUGAUUGUCCAAUGGACAGGAAAGAUAGGAUAAACUUUUUAAUAAAUCCUUGUACUUGUGCGUGACGAA